AUGUCAAGUAGCUCAAAAGCAGCUUCACUAGCUACUCGCCUUGCCGAACCAAACAAUCCCAAUCGAAGCCGACGAGAUGGCAGUGACGAAGAGGACGACGAGGACGCGAUCUUCGCAGAACUCGAGGAAGAGAUCGAAAAUAACUCCAGUGCCGCAAUCAGGGAGAAUGGCCUUCAAAUACUCAAGCAAGAAAUGAAACGAAUGAAGGACAUGAAAGCAAACGAGCACGGCACAUAUACCGAAAUAACGGACGAGAAAGAGGUCGUGCGAGUGAGUGCACGAGAGCCUCGAUGCGUUAUUCAUUUCUACCACACGAAUUUCAAACGCUGCGAAAUCAUGGACAAGCACCUAGCCAAACUGGCGCCAAAGUACUAUAGCACGCGUUUUGCGCGUGUCUUCGUCGAAAACGUCCCUUGGCUCGUGGAAAGAUUGGGAAUCAAGGUCCUACCAUGCGUAGUUUGUUUCGUCGACGGAGUCACAAAGGAUCGUCUAAUUGGAUUCGAGGAACUUGGAAAUCAAGACGGAUUUGAGACAGCUGCCCUUGAACUGAGAUUGCAACAAUCAGGUGUGAUUUUGAAAGGCAAUCCCAAUGCCCUGCAACCUCUAUUCAAGGUUUCCUCAAGCCGACAGAAAAACGACGACGACGAAAUCUUCGAUCUAUGA